UAACGCAACACGCAUGGAACUCUGGAGCCUCUUCCAACUGUCCCGCGUGCCGGCGGCCAAACCGAACUCGAGGCUCGAACCUUACAUUCUCAACAGCCCGGAACCGAAACGAGCAACUGUUUGACCGUUUGUACCCGCGUUUUCACGACCAACGAAGAAAACAUCUCAAACAACUCGGUUACUUACGUACAGAUCGACCGUGCAGCCAAUAAAGGGCGGCUCGUUCGUUACUUUUUUGUCUUUUUUAAAGAGAUUCACUUAACGGGCGCAAAAAAAGAUUCGCUGACAUAAGCCGUAAAGAUGUCGGAGGAACUCGAGCAAAUUCUCCUCCAGCUGACACAGCCGGAUAAUGCUGCUAUACAGCAGGCCACGGCCCAGCUGAAGCAGGCAUGCAAAGAUCCAGCCGUUAUACCAGCCCUGUGUGCUGUCAUAAGCAGCUCCCAAAACCCCCUGAUUCGUCAGACAGCAACUGUGACGUUAAGGCUCAAAGUGAAGAAACACUGGAAGAAGAUCAACCCCAAUGACAGAGAAAGCCUCAAAGCAGUGGUUUUGCAAGCCUUCAUGCAGGAAACCGAUCACACCGUGCAGCAUGCACUCUCCCAGCUGUGUGCAGUUAUGGUCAAACACGAAACACCCGACCGCUGGCCCGCCCUGCUCCAGCUUCUCAAUCAGGCCACCAAGAGCACAAACCCUCAUGACAGACAGGUUGGUCUCUUGCUGUUGAAUAAGGUGAUAGAGUCCAACCCGGAAUCUUUCCAGCCUCACUACUUCCAGCUGCUGCAGCUGCUCAGUACCGUCCUGCAUGACCACAACAACCCCAUAGCGCUGUACUACUGCAUCCUCACCCUCACAGAAAUAACAGCUUUCAUUGGUACUGAAGAAAUGAAGCAAAUGCGGUCCAUCAUCCCAGAUCUGAUUGUUGCUCUCAAACACCUCAUCAAGGCCAACGAGCAACAAGCCACUGAAGCCAUGGAGGUGUUUAUUGAGCUGAUGGAGAUCGAAGUGUCUGUCAUCGUCCCUCAUGUGGCCGGCAUCGUCCACUUUUGCCUCGAGGUGGCCAGUGACACAACACUGAGUGACUCUCUGCGAGUCAAAGCCCUGUCUUGCAUCACCUUCCUGAUCAAACUGAGGAGUAAGUCUGUGUUGAAGCUGAAGCUGCUGACCCCCAUUCUCAAGGCCCUUUUCCCAAUCCUGACUGCAGCCCCCCCACCUGGUGAGCACGACCCUGAAGAUGAGGAGGAUGGCGACAGCGAUGACGCCACAGACAAUGCUAAUCCCAAACACUGUGCUGCUCAGGUGAUUGACACCAUGGCUCUCCACAUGCCUCCAGAGAAACUCUUCCAUCACCUGACACCUCUCACUCAAGCCUGCCUUUCAAGCGAAGACCCUUAUCAAAAGAAGGGGGGUCUCAUGUGUCUCGCUGUGCUGGCUGAGGGAUGUGCCGACCACAUCCGAACCAACAUGCUGUCCUCUGUACUGCAGACAGUCUGCCGGAGUCUCUCAGACAGCAGUCAAGUGGUUCGUAGUGCUGCUCUGUUUGCUCUGGGGCAGUUCUCCGAACACUUGCAGCCUGAAGUAAGUAAAUACUGUUCGGAGUUGAUGCCUUUGCUGUUGGGUUACCUCUCUUCAUUGAAUGAGGCAAAGGUUGGACAUGUGACCAGAGCCUUUUAUGCUCUGGAGAACUUCAUGGAGAAUCUGGGCGCUGAUAUUGAGCCUUACCUGCCUACUUUGAUGGAAACGAUGCUGUCUGCUCUCGGCAAUACCAACAAGCUCAAGAUUAAAGAGCUGGCUGUGUCAGCCAUAGGUGCCAUAGCCAAUGCUGCCAAGGAGUCACUGGUUCCCUAUUUUCCGCCAAUCAUUGAAAGCCUGAAGGGUUUCCUGAUUGCCACCACAGAGGAGAUGAGGUCCCUUCAAACUCAGUCUUUGGAUACUCUGUCUGUUUUGGCGCGCACCAUCGGCAAAGAUGUCUUCAGCCCUCUUGCUGCAGAGUGCAUCCAGCUGGGCAUGAACCUCACUGACAACAUUGAUGACCCUGACCUGAGACGAUGCACGUACAGUCUGUAUUCUUCCGUAGCCACCAUCUGCCCCGAAUCCCUCACUCCCCAUCUGACCGCCAUUACAACCGUGAUGCUGCUCGCCCUGAAGUCCACUGAAGGCAUCACGGCCCACCUCGAAGAGGACAAGAACUUUGUUCUGCUGGAUGACAACGACGACGAUGACACCGAUAAAGGUGCUGAGCACCUCUUGGAAGAUGAACCAGAAAUAGACAUCCUGGAAUCUGCAGGGUUCAGCGUGGAAAACGCGUACAUGGAUGAGAAGGAGGACGCCUGUGACGCGCUGGGAGAGAUCGCUUUCAGCACUGGAGCUGCCUUCCAGCCCUUCUUAGAGUCCAGCUUCCAGCAGGUUUAUGAGAUGAGAGACUUCCCUCACGAGGAUGUCCGCAGGGCAGCGCUGGGGGCAAUGGGGCAGUUUUGUCGAGCUCAGCACAAAGUGUGGACGGAAAAUCCCUCUGAGGCCAACCACCAGGCCCUUCUGAAAUUACUGGAUGUGGUGAUUCCUUGCUUUCUGGAAAUGGUGCGAAAAGACUCUGAGCGCCAUGUUGUGAUGGGGGUUCUGGAAUCCAUGAACAGCAUCAUCAAAUCCUGCAAGGAGGAGGUUUUUAAAAACCCGUCAUACCUGAGAGAGAUCUGCAGCGUCAUUCGGGAGGUUCUCACAAAGAAGACUCCCUGUCAGGGUGGUGAUCUUGAUGACACCGACGAUGAAGACCAACAGGCAGAGUUUGAUGCCAUGCUGCAGGAGUUUGCAGGGGAGGGGAUUCCAUUACUGGCUUCUUCAGUUCCUGCAGACCAAUUUGCUCCUUUCCUCAAUGAUCUGCUGCCUCUCAUCAUGAGCAAAACUAAAUCCUCAUGCACUGUGGCGGACCGGUCUUUUUCAAUCGGCACCAUUGGGGAGAUCCUCCAAGCUCUCGUGAAUGCUCCUGGAGGUCGCGGACUGGCGGGCCGACUGUCCAAUCGUUUGCUUCCUGUCCUGGUAGCGGGGGUGAAGGACAGCGAUGCUGAGGUUCGCAACAACAGCGUGUUUGGCCUGGGAUGCCUGGCUGAAGCGGCUGGACCCAUCGUGGUGUCAGAUUACCCCACCAUGCUGUCUGUGUUUUCCAACCUGCUGGCCAAGGAGUCGGAUCAGAGGGUUAUCGAUAACCUGUGUGCUGCUCUCUGCAGGAUGAUUAUGAGCAACAUUGAUGCUGUUCCUCUGAAGCAGGUGGUGCCUGCUCUGGUUAAGCAUUUGCCUCUCAAAGAGGAUAUGGAGGAGAACAAGACGGUCUUUAAGUGCCUGGUUAUGCUCUACAAACACAGUCCUGACAUGGUUGUGGAGUUGAUGAAACCCAUAGUUGCUGCUUCCAGUUAUGCUGCUGGCCACAAAGAUGUGGAUCAAGAAACACAAAGCAUGUUGGUGGCACUGAUCAGACAGUUUGCCCAGAACCACAGUGCAGACUUCCAGGCAGCAGUGGGCUCCCUUCCCGCGGAGCAGCAGGCCAAACUCUGUGCAGCCGUCAGUGCCUCAUAGCCCCAAAACAGCCUUCCAGCCGUGACGGUGGGAAAGGAAUCGUUCAAGUACAACAUUUUAACAAACAGGAUCUGAGCAGAAAUUCCAUUAAAGUUAUUCCACUCAGCAGUUCUGGAGCUCAGUAUUAUAAUUUAUUUGCUUAUAUGUUCAGUUUUUUGUUGAUAUUUCAUCAUUUUUAAUAGUUAGCAUUCUGUAUUUAGCAUUUGGAGUUUCUGUGAUGUUUGUGGCAUCAGCCACAUUCUGUUGGAAUGAACUUCUAGAUCUACUACAGUGUCCAUCUUUGAAUUCUGUCCCUGUUUGCAGUGUUUUGAUUGACGUCUAACAACUGUUGCUGUGGGUUUUUACUCUGGCUUACUAAAAUAGAAAAACUCUUUAUUUCAGACCAUAUUUUCACUCGGAAAGAAUUAGCUUAGCAACACAUAUACAAACGUCUGUUUAGUUAAACAUAUAGAAAUGCCAAAACAUCAAAUAUAUUAAAGGUUUUAUAAAAGCAGGGCAUAGUUUGAAUGUUUCUGUGACACAUUUUCAAUGGUGUUUCUUUACUUUAUUGUAGAAAAGAAAAAUUUUGUGGAGCCCCUGAAUAAACACAAACUUUAAGCUUG